GGCUGACUUCCUGUGCCGAGUGAGAGACCUGCUGGAGGAGAAGAAGAAAAGGAAGAGGAAGAAGAAGAUGAAGAAGAAGGGUCAUGUGACACAGUGCUUUCUUCAGAACUGUGGGUUGACAGCAGAUGCUUUAAUCCAGAGCCAAUCACAGAAGAGGAUUAACAUUAUCAAGGAUCCAACUGAGGAAGUACCAGCUGGAUGGUGUGAAGUGGAUGACCCAGUGUCUGGAGCAGCAGCAGGGGUGCAUUCUGGGAGAUGAGAUGGGCUUAGGAAAGACCUGUCAGACCAUCAGUCUGCUGCUCUACAUAUUUGGAGCUCACAGGGUCAAAGGUCCUUUUCUUAUCUUGAGUCCACUCUCAGUCCUGGAAACCUGGUGUAAAGAGCUGAGCAGUUUGUCUCCGUCACUGAAACUCAUCUGUUAUAAAGGAGACAAAAGAAAACGGGUUGAGAUUCAAAGAGAGGUUUUAAAAACAAGUGAUUUCCAUCUUAUUCUCACCACUUACGAGCUGGCUCUUAAAGACGCGUCCUUUCUGAGACAGUGGCAGUGGAAAAUUCUGGUGGUUGAUGAAGCUCACCGAUUAAAGAACCAGAAAUCUAUGUUGCAUCAAACUUUGACACAGUUCUCCGUAGAGUUCCGGGUUCUGCUAACAGGAACUCCAAUCCAGAAUAACCUGCAGGAACUUUACUCUUUGCUCACCUUCAUUCAGCCCAAUGUCUUCAAUGCCCAGCAGGCAGAGGACUUUAGCUCCGCCUACUGUGGCGUCCAGAAAGAUCAAGCUCUAGCUGCGGAGCUGCAGAGCCUCCUGGAGCCGUUCCUCCUCCGCAGGAUGAAGUGGGAAGUGGCGCUGGACGUUCCCAGGAAACAGGAGCUGGUGGUCUACCACGGCAUGUCGUCCCUGCAGAAGAAACUCUACAAAGCUGUGCUGAUGAAGGACGUAGAGGCUUUUGGAAGUGAGCAGAAGAACCGGACUCGUCUACUGAACAUCCUGAUGAACCUAAGGAAAUGUGUGAACCACCCGUAUCUCUUCCCGGGUGUGGAGCCAGAACCCUUUGAGAUGGGAGAGCAUUUGGUGGAAGCCAGUGGCAAACUGGGUCUACUGGACACUUUACUGUCCUUCCUGCACAACGGGGAUCAUCGAGUCCUACUCUUCUCACAGAUGACCAGGAUGUUGGACCUCCUGCAGGACUAUGUGGAGUUCAGAGGUUACAGCUACCAGCGUCUGGAUGGCUCGGUGAGAGGAGAAGACAGGAACCAGUCUGUAAAGACCUUCAGCAGCAAACAAGUCUUUCUCUUCCUGCUCAGCACCAGAGCAGGGGGCGUUGGUCUCAACCUCACAGCAGCUGACACGGUCAUUUUUGUCGACACGGACUUCAAUCCCCAGAACGACCUCCAGGCGGCAGCUCGGUGUCAUCGCAUCGGUCAGAACAGGCCAGUGAAGGUGAUCCGUCUCCUGGCUCGACACACGGUGGAGGAGAUCAUGUUUUCUAAAGCCGUCUCCAAACUGAACCUGACCAACACUGUGAUCGAGGAGGGCCGCUUCUCUCUGCUGGACCAGGCUCAGUCUGGACCUUCUGGUCUUCAGGUCAGUGCAGGUUUUCCUGGGAAGGUCCAGAUCUUCAGCACCUUCUCCUCACACCUUCUGUCUCCGCAGCUCAGUGAGAUCCUGAAGGUUGGAGUGGAUCAACUCUUGUCCUCAGAGGAGAGCUCCGUCCAGGAAGUGAAACUGGAAAAGAUCCUGGGUCUGUCUGAAGGAGGUCAGUGGCUGGACGAUGAGGAGCUCAUAUCCAACCGAGGAGAGGAGGAGGAGGAGCAGGAGGAGGACAGUGACUCUUACAAAAAUCAUAUUUACUACUUUGAGGGCAGAGACUACAGUAAAGAUCCCUGCUGUGAAGACCACAGCAGGUUUGAGCAGAUGGUGAAGGAGCAGCUGGAGGAGGUCCAGAGAAGCUCAGGAGAAGGACGCACUCUGAGGCACAAGGCUGGGGUGUCGCUGUUGUCUUUGGCGAUUCCAGUCAAAAAGAGGAAACUUCUAACUUCUGCAGCAGAGAAUGAGCAGCACUGGAGAAAGAUGGAAGAAGCUGUGCCCAAGAGAAGGAGGACUCAGGAGGAGACGAAAAAGAAGAAGAAAAGGGCGGAGCUAAAGUUUCAGAAAAAGUGAUAUAGCAAUGUGCUCAUAGUUUGACAAAAAGAUCAACUCAAAAUUGACAAUUUUCAAACUAAAAAUACAACCAAAUACUAAAACAAUCUUUAGCUAGUGUUAGCCACGUUAUCUGGUGUUAGCCAUGUACGCCUGAAAAAAGAAAAAAACUAAAAAUGCUACGAAAUGAACACAAACUGAUUUGUCAUUUAAAUAAAGAUUUUAAAGAA